CCAGCAGCCGAGUGUGCCGGGGGUCUGGGACUCCUCCCCGCACAGAGAAGCAAACUACUUCUUUCCUCGAUUUUCUCCGCUUCAGCUUCCCUCGCAGAUGCCCUCCUAGGCAACUCGCUUUUUUAAAAAAUGCGUGUGUCGACCGCGGUGGCGGCGCCUCGCGCUUUUCCGGUCCGGUCUCUCCCUUCGCUGUGGUUGCACGCAUGCAAGUUCCGUCGAGUGUACGUCCACCUGGAGCAGGGGUCUCGAAAAGCGUGGAAGAGCACUCAGAGGUAUUCUUCUGAGACUUUUCCCUCCCACUGGCUCCUGCAGAAGAACUGGAGUGUUCGUUUUUCUCAUUGUCUCCGAGAGGAAGCUCACGGGGAGGGGACUCCUCUUGUGCAAAAGGCCUCCGGAGCCGGUGGCAAGCAAGAAGCGGCCUCUUGCUCUCUUCGAAAGCGGACGUGCAUGCAUGCGUUCUGUCGGCUCACCCGCGAGAGUUGUUUUUUCGCGCCUCGAAUGGCUCGCACAUGCUGCUUCCCUCCUUCAAACCAUGAGCCUCCUCUCUCUCUCUCCACGGCAGGCUUCUCUCACUCUCGCGGUCACUAACUCUGUCUCUUGGUUUUUUUUCGCGUUCGUCUCCCGCUGCACACAAGCGCGUGCACCCAAUACGCACUGCCAGGCUUCCGCGUUCUUCUCUUAUUUCUGCUUCACGUUGCCUCCGACUCCUUCUUGUCUUUUGUGGAGGACCUCUGUGGAGUGCAGAAGCCACAGGAAGAAGGCACGCCCGUUGUUUCCUUCCUGUCUCCUCCUCCCUCUCUUCCGGGUCUCUCUUCCUCGUCUGUGCCUUCUUUCUUCCUCGUUUUCGCCUUUGUGCUUCUUUUUCGCAUUUCUGUGGUUGUCCUCUGAUCUUUGCCUGUUUCGAGAAUGACAUCCGCGCCGUUGACGCAUCGCAUUCUGCUUUUCUCUCCUUCCUUCUCCUCAUCUCUUUCCUCUACUUGUCGCUUCUCUUCUGCAAGUUCUUCUUCACGCGUCUCUGCAUCUGUUUCCUUUCUCGCUUCCUCUCGCCUCCUUCUUGCUCGCUCUUCCCUGACUUCUUCAGGCUCCUCCGUUUCGUCUCUCCUCUCUUCUCCCUCUUCUUCCACCUCGUUUCCCUCUCGUUUCGCACUCUCUGCUAGAGCGCCUCCCCGGAGAGGAGACAGAAGAAGAUGUCUGUCUCCAUUUCUUCCUUCGUUGAGCUGCGUGCAGGGGCAUGUCGGCUUUUCUUCGCUCGCUGAAACGCGUGGCUACUGUGCUCGACAGAACGACGGGGGAAGCGUCUGUCUCGCUCUCCCGUCUCGGAACCCUCCUCGUUCUCCUUUCUCGUUUUUCUCCGCCGUCUCUUCUUCGCCUCGACUUUGCUUCUCUCUCUCUCAGAGACACACGCCUUUUUUUUCUCCGCCGCCUGGCACCUGCGGCUCCAGCCGCUGCCUCUUGCCUCCGUUCUCUCUGGCAUGUGCGAGCGCGUCUCUUGCAAGCCGCCAAGGAACAUCUCAAAAUCUCCCCUCUACCGAGUCGUCUCUUUUCUCUUCUCCUCUCUCUUGUUCUCCUCUCUCUUGUUCUUCUUCUCGCUCUUCGUCUGCUUCUCUCUUUUCCUCUUCUCUCUCGUCUUCCUCUCCUCCAGCUGCCGCGCCUGCUUCUCGCCGUGUUUCGGGUGUCUGUGGAGCUCUCGGCCUGCGUUCUCCCGCGUGCGUCUCCUUCAGCUCGUCUCCUGAGGCAUCUGCGUGGAGAGCGUCUGUCGCGGCCCUUUCGCGUUCGUUCUCUUCGUCGCCUCACUCGCGUUUCUGCCGAGUCGACCGAGAGGCGAAGACUGAAGGCGAGGCGCGGCGUCGGUGGGCGGUGAUCGGCGCCUCUCUCUACUUUCUGCUCAUGAGCGUCGCCUUCGCGUUCGUUCCUCUGUACGAGGCCUUCUGUCAGAGCACCGGCUACGGAGGCUACGUGCAAACGCGCGACACACACGGCGGGAAGAAGAACGGCGAAGACCCGGUGCCCUCGCGCGAGCGAUCUGGAGGCGAAGACGACGUGCUGCUGGAAAUUGACUUUGCUUCUCACUGCAACGUUCCUUGGGAGUUCGAGCCUCUCCAAAAGAGAGUGAUUGUCGCACCGGGAGAAUCUGCUCUCGCUUUCUAUCGAGCACGAAACAAACUGGACAGACCUGUGAUCGGUAUUUCUCUGUACAGCGUGAUGCCGCCGGAGGCAGGUAUUUACUUCAACAAGAUUCAAUGUUUCUGUUUUGAGGAGCAGAUGCUCAACCCCCACGAGGAAGUCGACAUGCCUGUCUUCUUCUUCAUCGAUCCAGACAUCCUGGACGACCCUCGCCUUGACCAAAUGAAGAGAAUCACGCUCUCCUACGUCUUCAACGAGUCCGACGCCGACAUACCAGUGGACUACAAGCACCUGCCCAUAGCUAAACCUACAGAGAAGAAACCGCCGGUAGUUGAGAUUUAACGCAGCCCGAACUCUCCCGUUGUCUCCCGCUCUCCCUGCUUCUCUCUCCUCUUUUGGCGUCUUCGCAUUUUUCUCCUUUUCCUCUGGGAUUCACAAUACCCUGUUUUUGUCAGGCUCUCAUCUUCCUCACUUUUCUGCUCUCUUCUCUGCUUUUGCUGUGAAAAAAAACUCUAAAAGGAGUUGGAGACAGGCGUCGGGUGCCGCGGUCCGCCGUCGCUGCGGACUGCACGUCGUCUUUGAAAAGCGUCAAAGAUAAAGUCUUUUCUCUCUUUCGUUUCGGUAAAACAUUCUUCUGUUGUCUCUUUCUUCCCGGUGAAUUCUUUUGUUGUCCAAAAGGAAAGGAUUUUUCAUUUGGCGAUUCCAAUAUCGAACGCGUUUCUGGAACCUUCGAGCUUCUUUUCGUCUGUCUUCAGUUCCAGUAUCACUCCCUUCAGAGCUUGCACUGUACUUCUUUUUUCGACGCAUGCACGCCGUGUACCCUCGCACUCGACCUCCCCCUUCCACAGCGUUUCGUGGGAUUUCUCGAUAUCAACACCUGUGCAUGUUUGUGUGUGGACCCCUUUAAUUCCAUUCGCAAAAAAUCAAAUACAUGUCUAUAGUUGUGUAUGUGAAUAGGUGUGCAUGCUUUCACAAAACAACAUACAAAUAUCUGCGUGC